CCAAACACUUACUACCCAACAAAAUGAGAGACUUUUUCUGUACCAUAAACUUGGACCAAGAAGAGGUUUUUCGUACACAGGUAGUUGAAAAAUCUUUAAGCCCUUAUUUUGGGGAAGAGUUUUACUUUGAGAUCCCAAGAACGUUCCAGUGGCUGUCCUUCUACAUUUAUGAUAAAAGUGUUUUACAAAAAGACUUGCGUAUAGGAAAGGUGUCAAUCAAAAAAGAAGAUUUAUGCAACUACACAGGAAAAGAGAACUGGUUUAUGCUUCAACCCGUUGAUUCUAAUUCAGAGGUUCAGGGAAAGGUUCACCUUGAAUUAAAACUGAAUGAACUGAUAACAGAUAAUGGAUCUGUGUGCCAACAACUAGUAGUACACAUAAAGGAGUGCCAUGGGUUGCCUCUUAUAAAUGGACAGAAUUGUGAUCCUUAUGCAACAGUCUCUCUCGUGGGGCCUUCCAGGAAUGACCAAAAGAAGACUAAAGUAAAGAAGAAAACAAGCAAUCCGCAGUUUAACGAAACAUUUUAUUUUGAGGUAACCAGGUCCAGCAGUUACACGAAAAAGUCCCAGUUUCAGGUGGAAGAAGAAGAUAUUGAGAAACUAGAAGUGAGGGUUGACCUAUGGAAUAAUGGAAAUUUAGUACAAGACGUCUUUCUAGGAGAAAUUAAAGUUCCUGUGAAGGUGUUAAGAAAUGAUUCCUUUCAAGCAUGGUACUUACUUCAACCAAGAGAAAAUGGAAACAAGUCUUCUAAAACUGAUGAUCUGGGAUCACUUAGAUUAAAUAUCUGUUAUACUGAAGACUGUGUACUUCCCUCUGAAUACUACACUUCUCUAAGAAACUUGCUGCUAAAAUCGUCGGAUAUUCAGCCGAUUUCUGCAUCUGCUGCCUACAUACUGAGUGAAGUUUGUCGAGACAAGUGUGAUGCUGUUCUGCCUCUUGUACGAUUAUUGCUACACCACCAUAAGCUAGUUCCAUUUGUUGCUGCAGUGGCAGAACUAGAUCUGAAGGAUACCCAAGAAGCAAAUACAGUGUUCAGAGGCAACUCAUUAGCAACUCGAUGUGUAGAUGAAAUGAUGAAAAUAGUGGGGAAGCACUACCUAAAGGUUACUUUGAAACCUGUUAUUGAUGAGAUAUGUGAGUCUCCGAAACCGUGUGAAAUAGAUCCCAUCAAAUUAAGAGAAGGAGAUAAUGCAGAAGUUAAUAUGGAAAAUCUACGCUAUUACGUAGACAAAGUAUUCCGUGAAAUUGUGCGGUCAAGUAUAAGUUGUCCUACCCUAAUGUGUGAUGUUUUUUCUUCUUUGAGGCAUCUGGCUGCCGAAAGAUUUCCAAAUGACCCUCAUGUACAGUAUUCUGCAGUGAGCAGCUUUGUGUUUCUUCGUUUCUUUGCUGUAGCCGUAGUCUCACCUCAUACUUUUCAUUUACGACCUCACCAUCCAGAUGCACAGACUUCUAGAACAUUAACUCUUAUAUCAAAAGCCAUCCAGACUUUGGGGAGUUGGGGAAGUUUGACCAAAAGCAAACUUUCAAGUUUCAAGGAGACGUUUAUGUGUGAGUUUUUCAAAACAUUUCAAGAAGAAAAAUUUACUGAAUCUGUUAAAAAGUUCCUAGAUGAUGUUUCCUCUACUGAAAGUAAGCAGCCCAGUGGUCUGAGUGAACCAGUACAUCUAAAAGAAGGAGAAAUGUACAAAAGAGCUCAGGGAAGGACUCGGAUUGGUAAAAAGAAUUUCAAGAAACGGUGGUUCUGUCUAACAAGUAGAGAAUUCACCUACCACAAACAGCAAGAUAAAGAACCAAUUUUCACUAUUCCAAUCAAAAACAUCCUUGCAGUGGAGAAACUUGAUGAGAGCUCCUUCAACAAGAAAAAUAUGUUUCAAGUACUGCAUGGAGAAAAGCCACUCUAUAUCCAAGCAAAUAACUGUGUAGAAGCUAGUGAGUGGAUAGAAGCUCUUUGCCGCGUAACGAGAUGCAACCAGAAGAGGCUUAGUUUUUACCAUCCUUCUGCUUUUUUGAAUGGAAACUGGCUUUGCUGCAAGGCUACAAUAGAGAGCACAGUCGGCUGUGCUCGUUGCACUGCGUAAGUUGCUUCUCAAAUGAAAAUACAUGUAAUGACCUAUAUCGACUACCGGUCUCUUUGAAUUUACUCACUUUUCACUAUCAACAUGUCUAAACUACAGAAGUUGGAAGAGGCUUGCGGAAGUAUAGCAGUCUAUCAAGGUCCACGGAAAGAACCAGAUGAUUAUUCUAACUUCACAAUUGAAGAUUCUGUAGCGACUUUUCAUACACUUAAACAGAUAAUAGAUACAGUAGAAAAGCUGAGUGAAUCACAUGAAAAAUACCGAAAGAAGAGAUCAUCUAGUGCUAAAUAUGGUAGUGAAGAAAAUCCAAUUGUUGGAAAAGUUUCCUAACCAAAAGAAACUGUGGCACACUUGGAUGAAAAAAAGAAAGUGGAAAUGUUCUUGAGUGUUUUGGGGUUUUGUGUUGUUUUUGGUUUUUUUUAAAUUCAUUAUAUACAUUUUCAAAGUAUUUCAGAAUGAACAUAAAUGCUGGUUGUGUUGACAAUCUAUUUAAUAUUUAAUAGAAAAAAAUCAACUUGGAAAUAUAGUCGUAAGGUUUAUUCUCAUUUUACUGAAGAACUUGAAGUUCCAGGUUCUUGAAGUAACAGAUGUGAAUAAAUCUAAAUGUUGUUUUGCCAUUGUUGUCUUAUUGGAAAGAACUUUCUAAACAAAUAAGCUUUUUACUGGAAGAAAAUCCACACUGCAUUUGUUGGUUGGAUUACAUCUCUCAAUAUAUACACUGCAAACUUGCAUGAGUUUACCAGGAGUGCCUGCCCUGCUGAUAAGGAUCUUGACAUAGAAAUCCCAAGAUGCUAAGACAUGGAAAAAAUCUGAAACUUCACACUCAAUUCAUUUGACUUUUUUUUCUUGUCUUAGGUGUUGUUAGGACUUGAUUUAUCUACAGCUGAAGUCUUACAAAAUCAUGCAGUAUGCUGCAAACAAUCUGAACAGCAGAUACCAGUGUUAGUUAUGUUUUUAAGUACUAAAGAGGAAGAAAUCAGGGAACUUAUGUUGUACCUCUUGUUUACAUUUGGGGUGAGUAAUAUAUGGAGUAACAUUAGACCACUAUCUGUUUUCUUUAGGAAUCUUUAAGGUACAUGUAUUUUCUUAAUGUAAAAAGAAAUGCAGGGUAGCAACAUUCUUUUUAAAUAAAUUUGCCUACAGAUAGAAAAAUUUAAAUGUGAACAUUGUAGUUAAGUACUGAUCAAUUUUCAUCAUCCCAUGUAUGAUUUUAUUUCCUUUUUUUAAUAAAAAAUAAUAACUCGGUCCAGCUCACCUUUUGACUACAAAUCUAAUAAAUAAUGUCUAUUAUAAUCACUCAA